AGAACAAUUUGAUUAGGGUCCUAUGUGGAAAUGGAAUGAGGCAGCUCACUACAGUUUGCAAUGUGAACUAUCAUUGAUCUUAUUAAUUUAAAUGUUACUUUGUAAGUUGUUCCAGCUAAUACCCAUGGCUUUGUGGACGAAGUGCUUCACUCAGUCAGAUAUAGAUUGAAUUAUCAACAACCAUUCUAAGUCAAUAUUUUUAAAGCAGAGUUUAAAUACCUGAUAUAACGUUGUUGGAUAGCAUUGUUUAUAUCUUUUCUGCUGUGUGAAGUUUGUAAACUACGUAUAAGGUUUUGGUUUGGACAUGCACAAGCGAUGAGUGAUAUUUGAUCUGGGCUGCAUUCGAGAUCUGUGAGGUCGUGUGGAGAACUCGGAGACUAUUGUGAAUACUUUGUGCGUUUUAAAGUUAAUAAAAAACAAAAAAUAAAGAUGGCUCGUCGCCACCAAGAAGCUCUUGAGGCAGGACAGGUGAUUGGAGAAGGGAAGAAGUGGCCUGAGAAGUUUACUAAGUUGGAGAUCAUUAAGGAGAUCCCUUUUGAUCCGGCUCUGGACUGUAUCUACUCUCUCCAAUACUCGUAUAAUGGGGAGUUACUCGCUGUUGGAUUUGGCAAUGGAUCAAUCAGGUUGUACAGCUCCACGACAGGUGAGAUGGUGUCAGAGUUGAGGAAGUCCCGCUAUGGGGGAAUGGCCAUUAUGUGUUUGAGGUUCCAUCCCAAAGCAACUCACAUUCUGUUAGCUACAACCUCUGAUGGAAAGAUCUUCUCAUGCAACACCAACACUGGUGAUAUAGAAGAGUUUGCUUCAGAGAAUGGUAACGAAAUUAAUUGCCUAGAUUUUAACUAUGAUGGCUUGAAUUUCGCCACUGGUGGAAAAGACUUAAGCAUAAGAAUCUACGACUCCAAAACAGCAAAGCUGGUUAAAACAUAUGAGGGAUACAGUGAGAAAAAGAACCCCACGGACAUCCAGACUGCAGGCUGUGCCAUGAGGGUCUUCGCCCUCAAAUACCACCCCGAGUACGACGACAUAAUGAUCACAGGCGGCUGGGAGAAUCACCUUAAGGUAUGGGAUGUUCGGUCUGGUGACGGAGUAAAGAGAACGAUUCACGGCCCACACAUCUGUGGAGACAGCCUGGACCUGAAGGGGAUGAAGGUCUUAACUGGUUCCUGGGUGGCUACAAAUGCCCUGCAAAUCUGGAACUACACAGAGGGAAAGGUGGAGAAGAAUGUACCAUUUAACUAUGAUGGCCAUAGUGGUGCCUACCUUUACUGUGCCCAAUUCUGUGAUAAUGAUGUGGUGGUGGCCGGCGGAAGUGGUACUAAUAAUGUACAGGCCGUCAACACGGAAACAGGGGAGGUUAUUGGUAAAGUACAGAUGAACAAACAAAUACAUGCUCUGGACACAGUGAUGGGGGGACGGCUGUUAGCUGUGGGUGGAGGAGAUUACAGCCUUACCCUGGCCGCAUUAAAAUGAAGGGCCCUGUGUUCAAUAUUGAUACAGUUUUAACAUUGCUUGUUUGUAUAUUUUAUUCUGUUGACCAAAUGUUGCCAAAUACGAAAUAUUCCAUGAAUUACUUUUAUUCAAUGUGUGCAUUAUCGUCCAGACUUCUAAUGUAAAAUCUCAGGUCAAUCAGUAUUUAGAAGAGUGUAUUUGAUACAAUGCUUUAAACUUUCUUUGAAUUGUACAUUAUUUGAUCAUAAUUAGGAAGGCCUUACAUUAUCUAAUACUCAUUGCAUUACAGCUACACUAACGGGGUUUUUGUGCCAAAGCACUUAAAUGUCUAGGGUACAACCAUAAAAAUGUACUUCACCAUUUCAUUAAUAGUGUAAAAUCUCACGGCAAUAUAUACCACUGAAAUAGCUUACAUAACAUGUAUCUAAUAUCUAAAUUCCGAGGACAGACUUGUUAGGGGGCUACUGGUGUUCAUUGCCUAACGUUCUGCUCUUUAAAUAUGUCGAAGUAUAGAUGGUUUGGGUCUGUAAUCCUUUGCAUGAAGGUCGGAUAUUCUUCCAAUAUUUGCAAUCAGAAUAGUUUUGUAGUAUUUAUUAAGUGGUUUCCGUCCAGUGUUCCGUCCAAGCAUUCAUGUGUCCAUUUCUUCCAUAUUUAUUCUUGUGAAGAAUGAAGCAUAAUAGCAUUAAUAAAAGCUUGAUGAGAAAAAUACA